AUGGCCGUCAAGACCUCGAUCCUUGUCUUCUUCCUAACCUUGACGCGCAAUCAGAAAGUUUUCCGAUGCGCAAACUAUGUCACUCUCUUUGUAGUGAACGCAGCGGGCUUUGCAUUAACAAUGGUCAAUGUUUUCCAAUGUCGGCCUAUCGGUGCAAUAUUCGUUUCCGACGUACCGGCCAAUGCGAAUUGCACCGACAUUGUCACCUUGUAUCUCUCUUCGUCCCCGGUGAAUAUUAUCACGGAUCUCACUAUCCUGUUGCUCCCGAUGCCGCUUUUGACCCAAAUGCGCCUGCCUUUCAAGCAAAAGAUCAUCUUGGUGAUCACUUUCUCAUUUGGUUUCUUUGUGGCCGUGGUCGAUGUGGUCCGAAUUGCCUUUCUUCAGCAGGCUGCCAUCUCUCGUUCGUUGGAAGUCAAGUCAAUUCACAUUCAAAAUGUCGGAGGAGUCGAUUUCAGUUGGUACGCGUCGCUAUCUUUCAUGUGGUCCGUCGUCGAAGUCAACCUGUCGAUAAUUUGCGGUUGUGUUCCAAGUCUCAAACCUCUCGUCACUCGUCUUGUCCCGAAAUUGAUUCGAGAUACAAGUGAUGAUGCGUCAACUUCUUUGCCUCGUGAAAUCUCUGCGGGCGUAGCAGGGGAAAGUCGGGUUGCAGUGCCGCCUCCGGCCGCAGUUUCGGAUUCGCCAGAACUCCCAUCGCCAUUGUCAUUGCCACCUACCAACGAGGGAAACAAAGAUCUACAGGACCAAGUUGGUGGAGUCUCUGUUGGUCGACCUAGCUCUCGGGACUCGGGGCCCAUGGGUAUAUUGGAUUUCCUGGGUCACCCAGAAACUGCACCCCUCGACACAGAGGGGGGAACCCACACUAGCGCAUCUUAUGCGCCGGAUAUCACAUUUUUUGAUUUUGUUAACAUGAAGAAUCCAGAAAGCAUGUUAAAGCUAAACAACAGAGAGUCGAUUGCGCCAAUUGCAUUGACUACGCUUUUAUUCUUCCUCUGGGGUUUCGCAUACGGCUUACUUGAUGUUCUGAAUUCCCAAUUCAAAACAAUCGUCCAUUUGGGUCCAUGGCAUUCUUUGGGUCUUCACGGCGCGUACUUCGGCGGAUACGUGAUUGGUCCUCUGCUGGUUGGCCAACCCGUCUUGAAAAUUUGGGGCUUCAAGUCCACUUUCAUAACUGGUCUCUGCAUCUAUGCCUGUGGGACGCUCAUCUUUUGGCCGUCUGCCGUUCUAACGUCGACGCCUGCCUUUAUUUUGUCAAACUUCAUUGUCGGGUUUGGUCUAGCUGUUCUAGAGACUGCGGCGAAUCCAUUCAUUGCGCUAUGCGGACCACUUGAAAAUUCCGAGAUCAGACUCAAUAUUUCACAGGGUGUUCAAGCUGUUGGAAGCGUCUUAUCGCCGCUCCUAGCGAAAAGGGUCCUCUUCAAGAAUGUUCAGGAUGUCGCAUCUUUGGUUGACGUACAAUGGACAUAUCUUGGAAUUGCCCUAUUCGAUGUGCUGUUGGCAGUGGCGUUCUAUUAUCUGCCAAUCCCAGAAGCUUCAGAUGAGGAUUUGGAAGAACUAGCAAAUCGGCGCCGGGAAGACAACAUGACCAAAGUAAUCGGCAUCCCUGUUGUUUGGCUGACUCUCGGGCUGGGAAUCUGGUCUCAGUUCUUCUACGUGGCUGGACAAGAAGUUCUCGCGACAGCUCUCCAACGUUUCGUUAUUGCCGCUCGUCCAGAUUCAUCAAUCGGUCCGUUCGAUUUCCUGACCAUUGGACACAGCAUUUUUGCCUUGGGUCGCUUCUUGGCCGCGUUUGCGCAGUGGUUCCUCAAACCACGCUGGAUUCUGAUGGUCAGCUACAUCGGCAUGAUUGUCUGCUCCAUUCUCUGCAUGAAAACAAGCGGCACGGCAGCAAUCGUCAUGGCAAUGCUGCUCUUCCUCUUCGAGAGCGGCGCAUUCAGCAUUAUCUUCGCCAUUUCCCUUCGCGGCACAGCCCAACACACGAAAACAGCUGCUGUCUUGAUGACGAUGGCCAUCGGCGGCGGCACCUGUUUCCCGUUUGCCGAGUAUGCGGCAUACCUCGCACACGGCGCAUCAUAUUCCUUCUGCGUUCUAGUCGCGCUCUUCUGCGCUGGCGCCAUCUUCCCCAUCUACCUCAACCUCGUACCCGCUGUGAAAAAGCAAGUUGACCCUGUUCCGAACGAGUAUCUCCGCCGACAUCACCGCCGAACUCGGAACCCGGUCGACGCUAUGCAUCGCGAAAAAGAUAAUCCUGCCCUUGGCGGUGUUCUUUCACGUCCGCGCAGUCUGGCAUCUAAUCCAGACCACCUCCCGGAUCUUCUACUGCCGGAGGAGAUUCAGCAAAACUCCCUUGCUCAAGAUCUUCCGAGAGCUAAAUCUAGCCCUAGCUCUAGCUCACGUGUCAAUUCGAACUCCUCUCGCAAUUCUGACUCGAAGCAGAGAUUCUCCACGAGUAUCAAUGAUUCAUGA